AUGCUUCCAGCUAUGAACCGCUUCGCACGCAUCGCGCUAGCCGUGGUUGCUGUGCUUUUCGUAUUUGCCAUCUUGGUGUCUUACCAAGGUCCCGAGAGCUUCAAGGAACAUCUACCGAGCGCAGACUGGCACUGGCCUUCGAAAGGCGACAAUGCUACUAUCGACGAACCUCCAAAGCCCACAGACGCUGCUGGCGCCGUUGGUGCUGGCGAGGAGGACACAGAAGACGCAAAGGAUUCUAACACAGAUAUCUCCUACGAUUUGACGAGAGCACCUACCGCAGGUUGCGAGAACAUUGUCAACGACCUCCAGCAGCGUCUCAUCCACGCCUACCAAGAGAGAUUCAAGGGAAUCCGGUAUGCCAACAUCUGGGGUUAUCUCGAGACGGAGAACAAGGGCGAUGCCGCCAUUUGGUCUGCCCAGCAAAUCCUACUGAGCAUUCUUGGAAUUGAAACUAUGGAAGCCUGCCGCUUCAUGUACAAGGAUUGCGACAUCAAAAAGUUCCGCCAGAAGCUUGAGGAACACCGCCCCCACUCCGGUAUCAUCAUGGCUGGUGGUGGUAACUUCAACGAUUACUACUGGGAGGACCAACCUUCGCGAAUGAACAUGAUCGAGAACUUCCAGAACAUCUCCAUCCGAGCUUUCCCCCAGAGUAUCUACAUGCACAACCCCGAGAGGAUUGAACAGACUCGCAAGUCUUUUACCAAGCACCACGACCUGCAAUUGGCUGCUCGUGACAAGCCCAGCUACGAUUGGCUCAUGGACAACUUUGGCAACUCUGAGGGUAUUCAGAGCGACCUUGUUCCUGAUAUUGCUUUCAUGUGGGGAAACCGAUCUGACUUUAGACACAACACCAAGAAGACUCAUGACAUUCUCAUUCUCGCCCGAAAGGACGCCGAGAUUUCUGAUGGUGACUCCGAAAGCAUUGAGUUUGGCGAAGGCAAGGUCGAUCUUGGCGGCAGCAUUGGCAACGUAACCUACAACAAGGUGGACUGGAAGUUCACCAAGACCCCCUCCAUCGACGACGACGGCGACCGCGAGCCGGGUAAGAACCAGCGUGCUUGGGCCAAGUCAAUGGCUGGCUUCGAACUUCUUGGAUCGGCCCACUUUGUCAUUACUGAUCGUCUUCACGGUCACAUUCUCUCCACCGUUAUCGGCGUUCCUCAUGUGUUGAUGGACAGCAAGUUGGGUAAGAACCUCAACUUCCACAACACCUGGACGCGCGACUGCGCUUGCACCAAGAUCACAAAGAGCAUUGACUCUGCUUUCGAUGUUGCUCGCAUGUUCUUUGAGCAGGAGGUCAAGGACGGUGUCAGGGCUGUUGAUGAUAUCACGCCCGUGCCGACGCCCAAGGCUGAGGCUUCUACAAAAGACGAGGCUGUCUCGGGCAGUACAUAA